GUAAGUACGUAAAAAACCGUUAGCAGAUGGUCUCUAUCUAACUCUAGUGACAUGAACCAAUUUCAGUUAUUAAUUUUGCUUCUAGUUUUUCCCUUGAAUAAACUAGACCUUCUCAACGCCCAUAGAGUUAGGAGAAGGGUGGUCUUCAAUCAAAACAGUAAAUUCUUUAUCCGUUUGAACGGAAAAACAAAUGUUUUGAACGCCACCGGUAUUUUUGCUCACGGAUGGACGAUUAGGAUCAACUAUGACCUUCCAGAUACCAUCCCUAAGAUAAAUAGGAUCUUUAAAAGAGAUGUAGGUCCUCCAAGAGAAGAAGAUAAGUUUUCUACUUUGGCUACAUCUUGUGUUUCAAACCAUAUUUGUCAGUUUUUUACGACAUCCCAGAACAACACUGACUGUGGCUUCUUCUGUGAAAUAAGGAAUAUAAUAAUGAGUUCUAGUGGACCAAAAGCCGGUUUCUUGAAGUCCUAUCUAGAAAAUUGUCAUUUAAGUAGUCAAGAAUGUCUAAUGCAAAGCCAGAAUUUUGAUGUGGGAACUUAAGUAAUUGAAUAAAGUUGUUAUAAAAAA